UUAGUAAAACGUUAGUCAAGUCGGUGCUUCAAUCAGAAAAUUUCUUUUGUUUUUAGGACCUACAUCAAGAGAUAUCCUAUUAAUAGAAGAUGACAGAUCUAAGUCCAUUAGUAAAAGCCGUGUGUAAGAAUGGAAGAUGGGAAAACCCUGUGGAAUUUGAUACCUGGAAGAUGCCCAACAAACUAGAGUUUGUGAAGCUGAGAAUGCUUGAAAAAGAUAAUAGUAACAUCCCUACAGACCCUAAGGAACUGGACAAAACCUUACCUGUUAUGCCUGUGGAUUUUGAAAAGCUGAAAAACCCUGACCCAGACAGUAUACAAGUCCUCUGGAUUGGGCAUGCGACAGUGUUUGUACAAAUGGAGGGAAUAAACAUCCUCUGUGAUCCAAUAUUCAGUGAACGUUGUAGCCCCACAUUUAAAGUUGCUGGAUUAGAACUGAUGAAGCACUUUGGUUACAAGCGGUACCGACCAGUUCCAUGUAAAAUCAAAGAACUCCCACCAGUGGAUGUUGUUUUAAUUAGCCAUGACCAUUAUGAUCAUCUGGACACAGAGUCUAUCAUGGAAAUCAAAGAAAGCUUUCCCAAUGCUAAAUAUUAUGUUCCCAUGGGUCUGAAGGAUUGGUUCAAGGACUGUGGUUGUCAGGAAGUGAAUGUGGAGGAGAAGAAUUGGUGGGAGGAAAUACAGCACCACCUACCGGACAAGCAGAGCCGCAGUGUAACAUUUGCCUGUACCCCCGCGCAACACUGGUGUACUAGGACGGGGAUUGAUCAGAAUAAGAGACUUUGGUGCAGCUGGGUUGUGAAGGGAGAAACACACUCUUUCUACUUUGGGGGUGAUACUGGUUAUAAUAAAAUAGCCUUCCAGCAGAUUGGGAAAAAAUAUGGGCCAUUCUCCCUGAGUGUACUGCCAAUUGGAGCAUAUGAGCCAAGAUGGUACAUGCAUCCCCAGCAUGUAAGUCCUGAACAGUCUGUAGAUAUCCACAAAGAAAUCAACUCCAAGUUCUCUCUGGGAGUUCACUGGGGAACAUUUAAACAGAUGGGAUGUUUCGAGAACUAUCUGGAACCACCUACAUUAGUAGCGGAACGUUUGAGGGAACUGAACCUACCAGAGAACAGCUUUAGGACCAUAAAACAUGGAGAAAUUUGGAGCAUUUCAAAAGAGGAUGUGAAUCCUUCAUGAUAAAGCCCUGAAUCAGGAGAUUUUAGAUUCUUUACAAAUUAAACUUGGACAUGACUGAAAAAUAUUGAGACAUGAUAAUUUUUAUUAGACUUAAUCUAUCAGUAUUUUGUCAAAAUAGAACAUCUGAAAAUUUUACAGAUUUUGGAUUUAACAUGUUUAAGAAACAUCCCCCUCAAUGUUUCUUUGUUUACUGUAAUUUCUUACAUUUUUAACAAUGAAAUACUGUAAUUUAUUGAUGAAAUAAAAGUGACAUUUUUUCACAGAUUGAAAAAUAUCAAAAUUAUAUUUUUCACACUGUGAAAAUAGAAAAUCAAAAGUGCGACAAAACUCCAAAUUUUCCUUCCCUUCACAAAGAGUUUUGUUAAAAUUACUCUGUAGCCAGUUAUGUUAGAGUAAACAAUCAAAGUUUCUCCAAAGUCCAUGAUUACAAUUUGCAAUCACACACAGCUUAUACAUGUAGCUAUAAUAUUUCAACCAUGUGCACUCCAAUUAUGAUGUCACAGCGUACAACACGAUAAAACGAAAAGACUGGGCAAAGAAAAUGUAAUAAACAAAAAAUUCAAUGUUUUGUACAUGUAGUUGGAUAUAGAAUUUAUUUCACUUGUAAGACAGGAUUUUUAUUUAAUAUUUUCACCCUUGCUUCACACUUGUGGAAAUGUAGAAAAUAAAUUGAUCCACUCGCGAAAUAAAUUCCAUAUCCAGCAACAAAACAUUGAAUAUCCUCUAUUUAUCUUGAGCAACUCUUUUUCAUUUACAUUCAUUCAUUGAUUUUUUCUUAGAUACAUGUACUUUAUAUACUAGCAGUAAGCAUACAUGUAUAUUAAGCUGGUUUUCUUUCAAGUUGGUUAUGGUGAAAGUACAGUGUAAAAUGCCUAUACGCAUACAUGUAUCUGUGUGCAUAAUGUUCAUCUCAUACAGCUGUGCAAUAAAGUUUUUGUUUAUAAACUA